AUGAUGGUACAUGUUUUUUUGUGCGGUGAUUGGCGUGGUCCACAUUCCUGGAAAUUGUGUCAAGCUAAUGGAAAGACCUUCAUUUGGGGUCAUCUCUGGCCAUCGGAUAUUGUAGAUGCGCCGCAGACAGGUGUUGAAGAAUGUCUGGAUUUUCUGUAGCAUUGUCCUCCAAGUUUCGCAUCCGUAAAGCAAGACUGACUUCACAUUGGAGUUGAAGAUGCUAAGUUUGGUUCUUGUCCAGAUCUCCUUGGACGACCAGAUGUUCUUGAGCAUGACAAAAACUGCUCUGGCCUUGCCAAUCCUGGCUGUGACAUCUCUGUCCAUGCCCCCCUGUCGGUCAACUGCACUCCCAAGGUAGAUGAAGGAAUCCACUUCCCUGAUGGGCUCUCCACCGACUGUGACUGGUGCUUUGGCAGUGGUGUUAAUCUUCAUCAGCAAAAUGAAAGAGCUGUGGGAGCGAGCAAGACAGGAACCAGUAGCAAAACAAAUUCUGAAGAGAAAGUGGGGCUGGAUUGGACACACCCUCAGGAAUCCAGCACCACACGCCAAGCUCUGACCUAGAACCCGCAGGGAAAGAGGAAGAGAGGCCGGCCUCGCAACAGCUGGAAGCGAGACACUGAGGCAGAGCUCAAGCAGCAAGGUACAAACUGGACAGGAGCAGCAAGAUUAGCCCAGAACAGAGUGCGAUGGCGAGGGGUCGUCGAUGGCCUAUGUUCCAUGUGGAACCACGGGCCUAAGUAAGUAGUAAGUAGUAAUGGAAAGACCUGCACCAGUUGUGGUGACAACGACCAUUUUGCCCGUGUCUGCCUAGACACAAGUUCACAGCAUUGCAUCGGUUGAGAAGUCCAAACGACACUUCACAAACCUAUCACUUUCCACCACGGGCCUGACAUUCGAGCAAGUAAGGUUCCAAAUAGACACUGCAGCAACCUGCAACACCAUGUCAGCCAGCACCCUACGCUCCUUCUUCUCAGAUGUCGAAGUAAAUCGUUCGCUACCGUCUACAUCCCUAUGGAAACUCCAAGCUGCUUCAUCCGAUUGGUCCGGUGGAACUAAUGUGCGAAAAGAACAACAAGUUUGA